UCCAGGCCCAGCCCAGCCAGACAACUCCCCACAGUGCAAAUGAGGACAAUGCCUGCUGGCCCGUGUGGGGAGGGGAUGUAGAGGGCAGCGGCACCGGCCGCUCCUGGCACCAUGGACGAUGCCGCGGUCCUAAGGAAGAAGGGUUACAUCGUGGGAAUCAAUCUGGGCAAGGGCUCCUAUGCAAAAGUCAAAUCUGCCUACUCUGAGCGCCUUAAGUUUAAUGUGGCAGUCAAGAUUAUCGACCGCAAGAAAACACCCACUGACUUUGUGGAGAGAUUCCUUCCUCGAGAGAUGGACAUCCUGGCAACUGUCAACCACCGCUCCAUCAUCAAGACAUACGAGAUCUUUGAGACCUCUGAUGGGCGCAUCUACAUUGUCAUGGAGCUUGGGGUCCAGGGUGACCUGCUUGAGUUCAUCAAGUGCCGAGGGGCCCUGCAUGAGGAUGUAGCACGUAAAAUGUUCCGCCAGCUCUCCUCAGCUGUCAAGUACUGCCAUGACUUAGAUGUUGUCCACAGAGACCUCAAGUGUGAAAACCUUCUCCUUGACAAGGACUUCAACAUCAAGCUGUCUGACUUCGGCUUCUCCAAGCGCUGCCUGCGAGACGGGAGCGGGCGCAUCGUCCUCAGCAAGACCUUCUGUGGGUCGGCUGCAUAUGCAGCCCCCGAGGUGCUGCAGGGCAUCCCCUACCAGCCCAAGGUGUAUGACAUCUGGAGCCUGGGCGUGAUCCUCUACAUCAUGGUCUGUGGCUCCAUGCCCUACGAUGAUUCUGACAUCAAAAAGAUGCUGCGCAUCCAGAAAGAGCACCGUGUGGACUUCCCCCGCUCCAAGAAUCUGACAAGUGAAUGCAAGGACCUCAUCUACCGUAUCCUGCAGCCAGAUGUCAACCGACGGCUGCACAUUGACGAGAUUCUCAGCCACUCGUGGCUGCAGCCCCCCAAGCCCAAAGCCAUGUCUUCUGCCUCCUUCAAGAGGGAGGGGGAGGGCAAGUACCGGGCUGAGUGUAAACUGGAUACCCGGCCAGGUGCAAGGCCCGAGCACCGGCCUGACCACAAGUUGGGGGCCAAAACCCAACACCGACUGCUGGUGGUGCCUGAAAAUGAGGACAGGAUGGAGGAAAGGCUGGCUGAGACCUCCAGAGCUAAAGACCAUCACAUCGCCGGAGCUGAGGUUGGGAAGGCAAGCACCUAAUGGUGGAGAGGGCCCUGGGGGGCGUAGCGUGUAGUUUGCGCUCACAUAAACUAAGUAGGCAGGUAGGAGCUGAAGAAGGCACAGGUGCAAGGAACAAGUAAAAUCCGUCAAUUAAACCACUAUUUUGAUUAC